AUGGCUGGGCCUCCAUCCAGCACGAAUGGGGAAUCUCAACAUGACGAGCCACAUGUCAAUGGUGUAAUAAACGGGCUCACCAACGGGUCAUCGACCAAGUUUCAUUAUGCCAACCACCGUCUAGGACAAGGUCGACCUCUUCGCAUGAUCAUGGUUGGGGCAGGAGUUUCCGGAAUUGCCGCCGUCAAAUUAUACAAAGAAAUGUUUCCUGAUCGAGACGUCAAUCUUACUAUCUAUGAGAAGAAUGCUGAUGUGACUGGGACUUGGUUGGAGAAUCGUUAUCCAGGGUGCGCUUGUGACGUACCUGCGCAUGCAUAUACGUAUUCAUGGGAAGGCAACCCACGCUGGAGUCGGGCUUAUGUUGGGUCUGUUGAACUCUUCGACUACUUCAAAGGUCGAGCCGUGGCUUAUGGAGUGUCCGAGUUCGUGAAACUCAACCACAAGGUCACCUCUGCCACAUGGGAUGAACAGAAAGGAAAAUGGGUGGUCGAGAUCACGAAUCUGGAAAACAACACUUCCACCCAAGAUGAGGGAGAGAUAUUCAUCAAUGGAGCUGGGUUUCUAAACAACUGGAAAUGGCCCGAAAUUCCAGGUCUCCAUGACUUUCAGGGGAAAUUACUUCACUCGGCUUCUUGGGACGACAGUUAUGACUUUCAGGACAAGACUGUCGCUAUUAUAGGUUCUGGAAGUUCUGCCAUUCAAAUAGUUCCUCAACUUCAACCGAAGGUAAAACACAUGACUUCCAUCAACAGGUCCAAAACGUGGAUCACUCCUGAAUUCGCCGCCGAGUUUGCUCCCGAAGGGAGAACGGCCUUUUUUUCAGAGAUACAAAAGAACAAGUGGGAAAAGGACAAGGGCGGGUUUCUCAAGUAUCGUAAGCAAGUGGAAAGUACCAUGAACAACUUCUUCGCCAUGCAGUACAAGGAUUCGGAUUUGCAAAAGACCGCGUUUGAAAACUUCACAAAGACCAUGAAGGAACGGUUGAACAACAGGGAGGAUCUCAUUAGCAAGAUUGUGCCUGAAUUCGAGGUUGGAUGUCGUCGUGUCACCCCGGGCCACGGAUAUCUCGAAGCUUUGGCAUCUCACAACGUCACCGUCAGGAACGAUGAGAUCAUCGGUGUCGUGCCGCAGGGUCUCAAGAUGAAAGAUGGAACCAUCGUCGAGGUCGAGGCCUUGAUUUGUGCCACGGGAUUCGAUACCUCUUUCAAGCCUGCAUUCCCCGUGCUCGGCUACGACAAACAGGACUUGCGCGAUCUCUGGAGAUCAGAACCCAGAUCGUACCUCUCGGUCACGGCGGCUGGAAUGCCCAAUUACUUUAUCAUCAGCGGGCCAAAUUUCCCUCUGGCCAACGGUUGCUUGAUCCCCUGCCUUGAAGCGAAUAUCAAAUACGCCUUCACGGCCGCAAAGAAGAUUGCGUAUGCUAGCAUCAAGAGCCUAGCGCCUUCACAAAACGCCGUCGACGAUUUCCAAGAGUACAAGGAUUCGCUGAUGGCGGAUCUAGUCUGGACAGGUUCAUGUGCAUCGUGGUACAAGAAUGGUCAGAAGGAUGGCAAGGUCUGGGGACCUUGGCCUGGUUCUUCUCUUCACUAUCUCGAGUUGAUGGCCUCACCUCGAUGGGAGGACUUUGACAUCAAGUACUUGACGACCAACAGGUUCAGCUUCCUGGGCAACGGCCGGACAAAGUUGGAGGAUGAAGAAGGUGCCGAUCUUGCGUACUACUUGAAGGAGCCGGGUGCUACUGCACUAGAUCGAAGGGAGGACUGUCCAAAAUGA